GUCAAACCGUUACUUUGAGGGAGUCGCGAAAAAGAACGAGGGAGUCGCUUUUUACGCCAAGGGGAGUCGAUUUUUUCCGCUUGAAAAACAGCCGAAAGAAAUGACAAAAAAGAAAUCAUCCUUAUGGCUUCAUCAACCUAAAAAAAGGAAAUUACAAAAUACCAGUAGUCCGAACAAAUGGAAAUGGACAGCUGAUUUAUUACUUACCCCCUCAAAAACUCGUUGUUAUUCAAAAUCCCCAACACCAAAAAAGCUGAAAGUUCAUAGAGUUUUUCAAUGCAACCAGACAAGAGGGCCACCUUCCCCAUUGAAAAUAACUCCCAAAAGACAACGGGUUGACAAAUUUUCUGAGAAACAACAAUUCAGCGAAAUCGAGUAUCAUAAGAUAUGUACAGCUGACAAAGGUACUCAAACACAUGAUGAAAAUUCAAAAACAAUAUCUGAAGACCUUUUUUCAAAAGCUUUUGAGAAACUCUUCAAAUACGAUAAAGGCAUUGCAAAUGAAGUUUUAACAUUUUUGCGCCUUGUUGCAGAAGAAAAAUAUCCAAAAGAUAACAUAGCCUUCUUGCUAUUUUUGGAUACAGUACGGUUUUGUAACUGUGACAUUUCCAGCAAAAUGUGUUAUAGGCCCGAAACCAAGCGAUUUUGGAAAAUCGGAUACAAAUUGUUUCAUUCAAAGUUUCUUUACUUCAUGGGUGGUCCAAAAAAUGCUUGUCAGAUUAAAGAUGGGGUCGCUACAAGAGGAAAAAUGUCAACCGAAUCUUCACAAAUAAAUUUUGUUGUUCCUAGCGCGGGGGUUCUUUCUCAGUUUAAUGUAAGUAAUGUCGAUCUCAAUGAAACACUUCAACCAGGAAUAUUGCACCCAGUAUUAGAUGCUUUACAAGUACAAGAGGAAAGCGAAUUCAUGCUUUGUGCAGAUGCAAAGAAAGUAACAGCAGGUGUAGAUCAGAUUGGAGGAGAUGUCAACAUGUUCGGUCAUGAAGAUGGGUAUUCUUUUUUCCAAAGAAAUAAAACAUUUACCGAUGAAAUUCAAAAUGUAAAUGAGAUCAAAAAUGGUCUCACAAAUAAGAUGUCAUUUCCAGGAAGUUUGACCGACGACGAAAAACAAGAAACAUUGGGUGCACAAGUAUCCCUCAUUUUUAUGCUUGAAUUUCUUGUGGUCACUCAAGGCCCCCGAACUUGUAUAUGA